GAAAUCCAUUUCUCAGAAACCAAGCACCCAACUGGGAACUCCAUCUCCUCCAGCUUCAAUGGCAGAAGUCCUCGAUGGGUCUCCGCCAUUUUCGCAGUCUGACGCCAUGGACGACCUUGCUUUGGUUUGUAUGCCAGAAAAGGCAGAUGGGUUUUGGCCGUCUUCGACUCUGAAACCCCUAGGCGACCAAUCUUUGGAUUCUUCUUUACCAAACCCUAGCGGGUCUUCACCAAUUUUUGAACAAGUACGAGAAGAAGAAGCUGAACCUUCUCCACCGCCUUCGCCUCUCAAUCUUGUUGGUAAUAAUUUAUCAAUUUAUGAAUUGAAUUCUUCCGAUUCUUCACGAUUUUCUUCUUCUUGGUAUUCUCCGUGGAAUUCAUGGUCUUCUGCCAAGGGAUCGCCGAUUUCCUUGGAAUCACAGUUUCAUAAGGAAGAAACCAAGCUCUCUAUGGUGAGUGCAGGGCUUGCAAAUCUAGGUAACACUUGCUUUAUGAAUGCGAUUCUGCAAUGCUUUACGCACACUGUGCCGCUCUUGGAGGGUCUUCGUUCUUCCAAUCAUUUGAUGCCGUGUGAUCGUGGUAGUGAAAGAUUCUGCGUUCUUUGUGCUCUUCGUGACCACAUUGAUCUUUCAAUAGCUUCUUCAGGAAAAGUUGUUUCGCCAUGGAAACUUGUUGACAAUUUGAAUCACAUCUCAUCUUACUUCCAAAGAUACCAGCAAGAAGAUGCCCAUGAGUUCUUGCAAUGUUUUUUAGAUAAACUUGAGAGAUCUUCCAUGGGUUCUAUGAAAAAGGACGAGAGUUCAUCUGUGCAAGAUAAAAACCUUGUGGAAAAGGUUUUUGGUGGUCGUCUCGUAAGCAAACUCCGAUGUUGCAAUUGCGGUCAUUGUUCUGACACAUACGAACCUCUGAUUGAUCUGAGUCUGGAGAUUGAAGAAGCAGACACUCUUCCAAGGGCCUUGGAGUCCUUCACUAAGAUAGAAAAUAUCAAUGACUCGGAGACAAAGUUUACAUGUGAGAAGUGCAUGGAAAAAGUGUCAGUGGAGAAGCAGCUUGUUGUUGACCAGGCCCCUCAAGUUGCUGCAUUUCACCUGAAGAGAUUUAAGACCGACGGAUCUAAUGUUCAGAAGAUUGAAAAACAUGUAGAAUUUCCUUUGGAGUUGGACUUGAAGCCCUACACUGGUGGCAGUGACAUCGAUGUGGAAUUGAAGUACGAACUUUAUGCAAUUGUGGAGCAUGUUGGGUUCUCAUCUACUUCUGGGCAUUACUUUUGCUUCAUUCGGUCCUCUCCAGAUACAUGGCAUAGGUUGGAUGACUCAAGGGUCACUAGGGUACGAGAAGAAUUUGUUCUAUCACAGGAGGCAUACAUUCUGUUCUAUGCAAGGAAGGGUACUCCCUGGUUUUUGAGUGUAGUGGAAGCACUAAAGCCAUGCUUGAAUCCAGCUGUUAUCAGUACAUCACCUAAGUCAGUUCUAGAGAAUGUUGAGAGCACCAAUAAUUUAUCCCCGAGUGUGAAUUGUGUUGAUCGUUAUGCUACCAAUGAACCCAGAGAUGCUUGUGAGACGGUUACUCUUUCGUUGCAUCAAGUGAGACCUAAAGAGGUUGACGUCUCUGACACUAGAGCUGAAGCUAGUGAACUUUCUGAACGGAUUAAUGGACCUAGGCGUGAUGCUGGUUGUUCCCAGGAGACUACAGAUACUGGUGCUGCCAUUGAUUCUUCAACUCCAGGUGGGGGAAAAAACAAUUUUGAUAAAACGUUGGGCAACGCUGAGAAUAUAUGUAGUACAUCAACUCCCGUUGCAAAUAGCUGCCACAAAAGGUCUGCUAAAGUUAUUCUCCAACCUAUGACGCCACCCAGAUCUCCAAGUCUGGAUUUGGUUUUUGAGUCUCCAGAACCAAGUUUUCAUCUUCCAUGCGAUCAUGCGAAGUCAGCGGACAAUGUGACCUGUAAAAGAUCAUUGAACAAUGCUAUUCGAAAGGAUCAUUUGAAGUCAGCAGACAAUGCAUUGUGUAAAAGAGCAUCGAACAAUGUUGUAGAUGAUGCAGAGAGAACUGAAGCUGUCAGAUAUCUUUCAAAGAAAAGUCUGACUAAGGGCAGGGCAAGCCAACUCCUAGCGGCCAUGGUAGGACCUCAGAAUGGAAGUUCAUUGGACAAGAAAAGGAAGAGAGCGGGAUCUUCGCCGUGCAAAAAGGUCAGCCGUGCUGGUGGCAGCCUUAAAACCAACCACACUAUGCGUCCUGUGGCAGCUGCAUUACGCUGAGUGUCAGUUUUCACGUUGCAGAGUUGCUUUGAUCGAUCAUUUGCCUUCAAAGCUUUCUCCAGUUAGACAACAAUUGUAAAGACGAGUUUGUUCAAAAUUUCUAUAGGCAGGGAAUUAAGCCAAACAGAAGGAUCCGAGAAGUGCCUUACAGAAGCCAACGCGUCGGCUGCAAAAUUAUCCUCUUAUUACUUUCACAUUACCGCAACUUUCAACAUGUGGUCGUGUUUGGUAACGAAAGAAGCAAAAGGUAAGUCUUUUGAGUGUAGCUCAAGGGGUUGCGGGUUUGUUGUCCCAGAUUCAGUGUUUCAUUUGUCCUUUGUCUAAUAUUUUGAUAGUUGUUUAUGAACUUAACUUUUAAUUUAA